UAUUUUACCCAACUAAUGAAAGAAAACCGAGUGGGAGGCAGGGGUAAUGUGGGAAAGAAAAGAGUGGUUAGAGAUGAAAAAAAGAAUGGCUUGGAAUCAAUACAGAAACAGGCAAGCCUCGCAUGUUACAUGUCGUUCUUUCUCCCUUCAUGCACACGCUUUAAUUAAGUCUUUAUUAAUAAUAUUUAUUUCCGUUUUAAUGAAAAUCAUUUACUCCUUGAUCGAAAUUUCCAUUUUCAUCUUUAAUUCUGAGCUUUUUUUUAACCUCAAAUAUAUAUCUCAUGGUGGAGGAACGCUUGUCACCUACUCCUUUUAGUUUCUGCUCUCUUUCACAGCUCCUUUAGAACUCUUUCUCAGAGAAAAAAGAGAAAUCCAGAACUGCAACUUUUUGAAGGAGGGAGAUAUAGAAAGCUCUGUUUCUUUCUGGGUUCAUGGAGAGGCACAGGUGUAAGCUCUGCUUCAAGACCUUCUCUAAUGGAAGAGCUUUGGGUGGUCACAUGAGGUCUCAUAUGUUGAAUCUUCCAAUUCCUCCAAAAUUAGAAGAUGAAGAAAAAGAAGAACACCCACCCAUUCAACUCUGUGAAGACACCGAGUCAGCUUCAUCUUCAGAGGAAGAAGCAGAGGAAGAAGAUAAGAGUCUUUGUUAUGAACUAAGAGAGAAUCCCAAGAGAAGUAUUCGAUUGGUAGAUCCUGAGUUCUCGUUUGCUGCCGAUGCUGCGUCUGUUCUUCAAGACAGAGAAAGCGAGACUGAGUCGUCCAAGAAUACUACUCACCGGAGACGAUCCAAACGGACCCGAAAACUUUUAGAACAUGAAUACCAUCAGCAGCAACAUAGGCAGGAGCAUGAGAACAAUAUAAAGAAGCUUAAUUUUAGCAAAUUUAGUAAGAACGAGUUGUGGGCUGAGCCUGAACCCGUGAGUUCAAUAUCUGAAACCACCACAGAGGAAGAUGUCGCUUUCUGUCUUAUGAUGCUUUCAAGGGACAAAUGGAAGAAAUUGGAACAACAAAAUCAACGAGAAGAAGAUGAGGAAGUAGAAGAUGAAAAGUCCAUUGAAGAAACAGAUGAAUCAGACGAGUUCAAAUCUUGCAAGACGAGAACUCGAGGGAAGUACAGGUGUGAAACAUGCAAGAAAGUGUUUAAAUCUUAUCAGGCUUUGGGUGGACACAGGGCAAGUCACAAGAAACUCAAAGUUUAUACUCCAACUAAAGAACCAAAUUUGCAGCCAUUGAAUGCAGGAACUUCAAGUUCUGCGAGAGAGAAGAAAAUUCAUGAAUGUCCAUAUUGUUACAGAGUAUUUUCAUCUGGACAAGCUCUGGGUGGUCACAAGAGAUCUCAUCUAAUUGGUGUAACAGCAACUCCUGCUAGAAGUUCUUCAAAGAUCGAAGACAACUUGAAUUUAAUAGAUCUCAAUCUUCCAGCUCCAGUUGAUGAUGAUGAGCUUAGCCAAAUCGAGCUAUCUGCCGUAUCCGAUGCAGAAUUUGUUAACCACAUCAAGAGGUGAGUGUUUGCUUACUCCGCAAUCAUCUUCCAAAAAGAAAGUUUGAUCCAAAAGUUUUUUUUUGAAAAAAAAAAAAAGCUUUUGGGUGCUUUUGCGUUUUGGGAUCUAAAAUCACGUGAAUUUGUUAGUUUUAGUAGAGUUACAUGGAUUGCUUCCUAUUAAUUUAUCUAGACCAUUUAUUGGCUCAAAUUCUAACUGUAAUUCAUUUCAUUCUGUCUCCUGUCCUGUUUCUGCAACAAACUGAGUUAGAACAUCCAUGGAUACAUUUACUUAAAAACAUGCAUCAUUUGACAGAGAUUUAACAGUAAUAAUUCUGGGUUUUUAUGUUAAAAAAGAACAAAGAAAAAAUGAAGUGCUAAGAAUUCUUGAUAAUGGGUUCUGUUCAAGGUUCCAGCCGUUGUUUUCUGAUUUUUUUUUAAAAAAAGUCAUUUUCUACCAAGGAAGAUCAAAACCGUAUAGUUUAUUAAUAGAAAAAUAACUUCCAAAUCCUGUCAGUGUCACUAUUGGCAUUGUACAGAGCUCACGAAGAAGAAGCCAAUUCUCCCUUAUCUGCAACUGUUUUGUUUGCUUUUUCCUUGUUUCUUUUUCUUACUUUCUCGCUCUCAUCUCAGUCUCAGAAUUUUAUUGCUUCUCUGCGUCUUAGCUUAAGUUGAACAAUAAACAGAUCUGCUGACUGCCACAGUAGCAGAGAUUAUAGAGAGAAAUAGCAUUUAAUGGAACCAAUAAUCUUGAAGCUGCAUCAUCUGUUUCACAUUUAAUAGUUUUCCAUAUGUUGGAAACCUGAAAAGCUGAGCCUGAAUGAUAGACAGAAAAAGGCAAAAAAAUCCUCUGUUUUCUUUACUUUUUAAACCAUAACAAGUUUAGUUUGGCGUGAUCAACGCUCUAUCACCCGGAUCCCUAAAUUUAAAGGUCUCUAACUGCAACACCAGGUUACUUUAUUUUGUAGUGGACAGGUAUCUAAAGUUCAAUUUAUAAUAGACCGAUUUGUGCAUUUUU